GCUGGCGAGCAUCUGGACAAAUUCUUAAAUAGCAUGGGAGCAAGCACAAGAUUCAUCUUCGGGACGGAAGGUCGUAUUUGAUGCUUGUUUUCUACCUGAUGAGAGAGCCCAAAGUUGCGUUGGUAGCAUUCUCCAACGAUAUUUGUAUCGAACCAUGAUGGAUUCAGCGAGCUACUCCGCACCUUUCGCAGCGUUAUGGGACACAUUUGGACGUGGCACAGUUGUAGCUGUGCUUGUUGUAGUGGUUGUUGGGGAGCUGCUGCUGUAUGCGCGUUUUCAAGCUCAGCGGCGAAGCACUCUUCCUCCUGGGCCUCGACCUUGGCCAAUACUGGGGAACUUUUUCGUAUUUUCAGAUGUCAAUCAUGCCCAUCAUGAUCUCCGGAGACUUGCUGCCAAGUUCGGACCGCUCAUGUAUCUUCAAUUGGGGUCUGUACCAUGCGUGGUGGUGUCUACUGCUGAAGCAGCCAAGGAAUUGUUCCGAGGGCACAAUGAUGAAUGUCUCAUCUCCCGGCCCAAGAUGCUGGGAUUAGAAAUUCUCUCCGAUAACUACCAAUUGAUGGCAUAUGCUCCAGCUCCUGGCAAGCUUUGGCACUCUCUACGGAAAUUCGGCAGCAUGGAGCUAUUUUCUUUCAAACGCGUCGCCUUUUAUCGAUCCUUACGUGAAGAGGAGCUUCGUCACUGGAUAAAAUUCGUCCUGGAAUCGAGGGAAGGGGAAGCCAUGAAUUUGAAGAGCUGUGUUUUCGAACUGGCGGCUAACAUGAUGACGCGAAUGCUGGUAAACAAAAGGAUGUUUGACAUAACGGGAGCAGACACUCAACAGCAGCUUCUGAGGAGCGAAUUCGAGAGCUUCAUGGAAGAGCAUUACAAAUGUCUCAUGCCCAAUGUAAUCAGUGAUUUCUUGCCUUUCCUUCGCUUUUUCUGUGAGAAGUUGCAGGGAUGGCGUGCUUAUAUUCAGGAUCAUCAGGAGAAAAGCGUAGAAUUUUGGACAAGGAUUAUAGAGGUGGAGAAGCACAGGCAACGAGCCGCAGAAAGACAAAAUGAUGGCAGCUAUGUCCCGGACUUGGUAGACUUCAUGUCCACGGCUCCUCUUGAUGACGGCAAAGUCUUGUCGGACAGGAAUAUCACAUUGCAAAUCUUGGACUUCUUUCUUGGUGGAACAGAUACGACUCCUUUAACUUUAGAGUGGGCUAUGGCUGAGCUGGUGACUCACCCGAAUUUUAUGAAGCGAGCUCAAGAGGAACUUGACCGCGUGGUAGGCUUGGAGCGACUGGUCGAAGAAACCGACUUUCCUAACCUGCCCUUCCUCCAGGCGAUCGUGAAAGAAACCUAUCGCCUCCACCCCGUCGGACCACUGGGAGGACCGCGAGAGUCAACAGAACCUGUUGAGGCUCUCGGAUACAAAAUCCCAGCGAAGACGAGGGUCAUCCUGAACAUUUUCGCCAUCCACCGCGACCCCGCCGUGUACGAACGCCCGGACGAGUUCGACCCAACCCGGUUUCUCGACCGCCACCGCAACGUGAAUCCGUUGGCGGCGUUUGACUCAUACGAGCUGAUGCCAUUCGGCGUCGGCCGGCGAAUGUGUCCCGCUUUCAAUCUGGGCAACACGACGGUGCACCUGAUACUCGCGAACUUGAUACACAACUUCGACUGGGCUCUGGCCGACGGCCAGAACAUCGACACCUUUGACAUGACGGAGCGUCUCCACGGCGUCACGUUCAGCUUGAAGUAUGCCCUAAGUUUGAUUCCGACGGCGCGAAGUGGCAUUCUCGCAAGAGCGCUGUGAGAACACGGUGACAAAGUGUUACAAAAGUGGCAUUCAUUCGAUGUUGUAAACACGAAUGAGCCAGAACAAGUGGAGAGCGACACUUCGUGAAACUUUGAUUCUAUGCUGGACAAAUCGAACCGAAGUUUCAUGAAUCCACCGCAUUAUGGAACAAUGGAGUCACGCGUCGACAAGAUUGCGAGCAUGCGAGAUAUGAUAUCUGGUGUUGACUCGAUGCAGUUGGGGACUGAUUGGCGCAGCAUUACACUUAAAUUAUACUCUCUUGCUGUGUACCAUCGACCUUAGUCGAUUGAAGAACAUUAAACGUUUCAAAUACAUAUGUUACAGAUAUUAUCACCGUGUCGGACUCAUUGUUGAAUGCUACUGUUCUGUGCUAUAACAUGGAACUGGUGCAUUAGAUGUUGUACCAGAGAUCAUCUUUAUCUGUUCUUUACUAAGAUCCCAUGCUCUCUGGAUUUCAUUAUCACUAACUCUACCACCAGUGAUAAGAUGGUGAUAUUAUGUCGGACAAAACAAGGGAUGUGACUUAGGAGAAUGUAUCAUGUGUGAAUCAAACUCAUGACUUGCAAAUAUGUAGUAAGUCUUGCGUCAUUUGGUUGCACAUCGAGUAAUUCUGUUCACAUUAUUAUUGUUAUUAUCAUAACUGCUGUUGUUUA